UGACAGCAUCACAAAGAGGCUAGACACUAUGUUACCUGUAUGGACUGUUAUGACUCUUUUAGGCACAGUGUACACUCUGGAACCUGUGACCGUGGUUCAACUUCAUGACCGGGUUCGCCUGGUGUGUGUUUUCAAAUCAAAACAGGAAUAUGAAUCUAAAAUCAUACACUGGUACAAGCAAACAAUGGGAGGCCUUCCACAAAUAAUGAUCACAAUCAGAAAACGCUCAGUGGACACACCUCUGUUUUACCAGGGGUUUAAUCCUUUACGUUAUGAAGUAUCAGAAGGAAGACUUCAGCUCACAAUCCUGAGGGUGACUGAGGAAGAUGAGGGCGUUUAUUACUGUGGGGUCGGUGAAUAUUAUAGAACAGUGUUUAGAGGUGCAACAUUCCUCUCAUUAAAAGGUACUAGUCUAAAUCUGUUGGAUUACCAGACAGUGUUACAGCAGCCAGACUCUGAGCCAGUCCACCCAGGAGACUCUGUGACUCUGCAGUGUUCAGUCCUCUCUGAGUCCUGUUCAGGACAACACAGUGUGUUCUGGUUCAGAGCCGGGGCAGGAGAAUCCCAUCCAGGACUCCUUUACACCCAAGGAGACAGGAGUGAAGAGUGUGAGAAGAGACCUGAGACUCCCUCUCCUACACGGAGCUGUGUCUACAGCCUCUCCAAGAACAACCUCAGCUCCUCUGAUACUGGAACUUACUACUGUGCAGUGGCCACAUGUGGAGAGAUACUGUUUGGCAAUGGAACAAGACUGGAUGUUGCUUCUGACAACGGAGUGGAUCCGCUUGUCCUCCUGCUUGGAGCCACGUCCUUCUGUCUGGUCUUUUCUCUGAUUUUCAUCUUCAUUUUAAUCUCCACUAGAACGCCACGGCCAGUUUGUGAACAUUGUAACGUGCGAACCGUGAGUGUCUCAAGAGAACUCCAGCAAGCCAGCUCAACCAGGGAAGAGCCGUCUGAUGAUGGAGAAGCAGAAGUGUUGAAUUACAGCACGCUGCAUUUUUCUCAGAGGAAGGAGAAACGUGGCAGGAAACAGCCACAGGACAGCGUCUACACCGAUGUGACGUACUCCAGGCGGGAAUGACAAAGUUACUUAAAGACUUAUACCUGCAUCUUAAACUUUGACGGAUGGAAUUUAUUUUGUUUUCAAUUUGUAUUGAGCAUGUUGAGCUUAUUUUGGGAUUUUGAAUUUGAUCUAAGAGCAUUUAAAAAUAAACUUUUAUGCUUCGA